UGGCAGUGGAAUCCGAUAACGAAGAAUCUGACUCAACGGGAUUUGAGGAAGAAUUUUACAACUUUGAAAGAAUGAAUCACGGAGAGGAGGCUGUUGGGAAGCGAUAUGAACAUCCAGAGGAGCUAGAAGAAAACAGUAUCCAAGGAGCGUUGGCUUCUACGGAAAGAAAAGAAGAGAAAGAUGAAAGCGAGAUGUUAAGAGAUGAGGAAAAACCAGCUGAAGAUUCUUGGACAAUUGAAGAUGAAAAGGAAGAGACCACGGACGACGAGGAAUCAGUUGAAGCGGAUGAAGACGCUGACAAUAACGACAAAGAUGUGACAAAGAUUUACUUCAAAGAUGAUCAUUUCCAAGUUGUAUUUGGCACCUUGAAGGAGUUCCGGGACGCCUCUCUCCUCACUGACCUUACUCUGAGCACACAUCUUGGGAAAAGUAUCCAUGUACACUCUACCGUCCUGGCUGCCGUCAGCUCCCUCAUCCGAGAAAGUCUGAGCAGAAGCAAUGUCGAGAGCAAUCGAGCUGAUGAAAGUAAAGACAGAGAGCACAGGUGGUUGGUGUCUCUGGGUCCAGAGGUGGAUCAAGUUGGAUUAGAGGCAGUCGUGGAGUUUGCCUACACUGGUCUCAUGUCACGUUUGAACAAGAACACUGUGCACCAGAUUAAAGUAGCAGCUCAAACGCUUGGCGCCCCAAGGGUGCUGGAUCUCUGCACAGAGGAGGACGAGGAAACGUCCACAAAACCUGGAGGUCAGGAGAAGGAAGAAAGACUCUCGGCUGCAGAACAAAUGACCAUCAGUCUUCAGUCCAUCAAGCAGCUGUGGGUGGACAAAGUGGGCUGUGAUGUCAUUCUGGAGGCUCUUGGAGGGUCGCUUCAUGUUCACAGAGCGAUCCUGGCUGCUGGAAGUGACUAUUUCCGCAGCAUGUUCACCUUGGGGAUGAAGGAGUCCCAUCAGUCCUGUGUAGACCUUCCCUUCCUUUUGGCUUCAGAACUGGAGGUUCUGAUUGGUUGCACCUACAGUGGGGCUCUCUCCCUCAGCUGGGGGUGUGUCUUCGAGAUCACCAGCACCGCUCUCCAGCUCCAGUACCAACCCGCCCUCUCCUUGUGCCUGAACUUCUUGCAACAAGAGAUAAAUCCUCACAGCUGCCUGGAUGUGGUGUCGUUUGCUGAGGCCUACGAGAUGGUGCAACUUCUUGAAGCUGCAGAGGAUUUUGUUUUGCGGCAAUUCCAAAAGGUGGCGUGCACUUCAAAGUUCAAGGACCUGCCACUCAAACAGCUCCUGAAGUACCUGAAUAGUCAUUCACUCUGUGUUCCCUCUGAGCUUGUUGUAUUCAAAGCAGUGGUGGCAUGGAUCCAAGCAAGGCCCAGGAUUAGGAUUAAGCUCGCUAAAGAACUAAUGAAAACCAUCCACUUUCCCCUGAUGACGUUCAAGGAAUUCAAAGAGGUCAAAUCUCUGAACAUGUGGUCUAAUCACACCCUGACAGCACUUUAUGAAAGAAUUUAUAAGGAUUUCUUCUUGGAUGAGACUGCACCGCAGAAUCAGUACCGCACCUAUCUACCAAAAGAGAGUCUGAUCUUGAUUGGGGGUGACUACACAUCUGAUGACCUGAGUAGCCGCAACAUCAGCAGAGAACUUUGGUUUGGGAAUUCCUUGAGGAACCAUAUGGGGAUAAGAAAGGCAAUGGAGUGGAGAAAGUUGGGAGAGAUGCCAGAGCCUGGAAGAUACAGUCAUGAGGUGGCAGUGCUCAAAGGACAACUAUACAUAUUUGGAGGCAAGAAGUAUUAUGGCACCAAUGACACCCUGAGCUCUGUUUACAGGUAUGAUCUGCUUCAAAACAGCUGGGAGUCGCUGGCUGACAUGCACGAAAAGAGAUGCUCCUUCUCUGCCGUUGUGCUGGAUGGAAAGAUAUAUGCCAUUGGUGGACAAUGUGGGCAUGACUAUAAAGAGAGUGUGGAACAAUACUGCCCAAUUACAAACUCCUGGGGCUUCACCUGGCCCUUGGAUCUGCCUCUGGGUGCCCAUGUUGCAAAAGUUUUACAAGGUCAGAUCUUUGUCUCAGGUGGGCUGAGCAACAACCAAUGCCUUGCAUCCAUGUUUCGGUAUCACCCAGAGACAGGAAGCACUUAUUUGGCAAACAUGGCUAAACCUCGAGCUCAUCACUGCAUGGAGACACUGGGUGAGUGUCUUUAUGUGGCAGGUGGAGUCACCAUGGAUGAUAACAUGAAUGUGUCAGACCAGCUAGCUUGUGAGGUGUACAAUCCAGUAGCCGACUCCUGGACUGCCUUCACAUCUCUGCCGGUGCCACAUGUAGGUGCAGGAAGUUCAGUUUUGGAGGAAAAGUUUUAUGUGCUCGGCGGAUACAGCCAGGAGGAUUACAGUGACACGAAGAAGGUCCAUCGCUAUGAUCCCACCACAAGGAGCUGGGAGAACAUGGGCUUGAUGCCUGGGCCGAACAAUGACAUACGAGCAUCUGUGUUGUGUUUGCCAUCACAUUUCCGAUUGUAAGAUUUAGUGACACGUGUCAAUACUAUUGUUGUUUAUAUAAAGUUUAGUGGUGCUUAAGUUCAGGAUACUUUUGCAUGUUAAUAACAUUUUAUGUCUCCCAUUAACUAAUAAUCUGAUCAAGGUAACUUUAUCUUGACAGAAUAUAGCUUUAGGCAUUUCAAAUGUAGGAUAUCUAUGUAAUGCAGUGCAUUUAUGGAGUAUAUAUUGAAAUGAUCUGUACAGUCAAAAGUUGGUUUAGUAGUAAACUUGAUCAAAGGAACCUAGGCAGUAGCUAGGAAGUGAACUGGCAACCAUCCAGCUACCAGUAAACCCAUCAGUUCUCAGGUUCUCACAGACUGAACUUUUGCCGCACCUUAAAGCCAUGUUUAGUUGCCAGAGACAGGAAACGUUUAUUGUUUUUCACAUUUAUUGUUCUGAAGAAGGGUUUUAGUAUAUUUUCAUUAAAAUCUACUUGAAAAAAAACAACGUGCACUAUUUCUUUUUAGAUCAUAUUUGUUGCCUGAGCUUCUCGUCAGUGUAA